UUCCUUUCUUUUCCGAUUGGCGCUUGGAACAUUGAACCGUUGACUAUAAAAACGUGUAUUUUUUUGAAUUGAAUCCGUUCGGCUUUUUCUUUUGUUUUAUGGUGAUCUCGAAAAUAAACUGCGAGGAUUAAUAAUUUAAUUUCAUCAAAUCUCUCAAUCUCUAUUUUAUCACAAACCCUUUGACAUAAUUCUGUAACCGAGUAUAAAAACGUGGCUAGCUAGUCGGUCAAGUUUUAGGUUAACAACCAUCUUUGUUCUUUGGUGGGAAGCGAAGCGGCUAGUAAUGGAAGUGAUUUUUUUGUUUAGUCACGUUGACUGGUUGGCGUCGGUCCUAUGGUAACCAAGUCAGCAUUUCAAUGUCAAAUUCAAGGCAACGUACCACGUAUUUAUCUUGACAACACAUGUCUAGAGAGAUUGAAUUUUUUUUUACUAACAUGGCAUGGCGAAGUUGAAGACACCGGGUGGAGUUCAAGUGAAAAAGUUAGUUGAUCUACUCAACUGUCGCCUUCAAUUCUGUUACUUUUUGAACUAAAGUAUUGUGAUUCAUUUUCUUCCAUUAUGUUUGUUACCAAACUACAUUCCUCGUGCCUGAAGAACUUUUUGAAGCUGGGCUCUGUAAGAGCUGCUUUAGUGGCGGGAAACUCGACAUGGGUUGGUCAGACAGGUCAGGAAAGUUUGGCCGAUGAUGAUCCUGAAAUGUGGAAACUGCUUCAAGAGGAGAAGCAGCGGCAGCUAAAAGGAUUAGAACUUAUAGCUUCAGAGAAUUUUUGCAGCCGAUCUGCACUCGAGGCUCUUGGUUCCUGUUUGAACAAUAAAUAUUCAGAGGGAUAUCCCGGUCAAAGGUAUUACGGUGGAACAGAAGUUAUUGACAAGAUUGAACUCCUUUGUCAAAAACGGGCAUUGGAGGCGUUUGAUUUAGAUCCAGAAAAAUGGGGUGUCAAUGUUCAGCCUUACUCAGGAUCUCCUGCCAAUUUUGCCGCAUAUACAGCUUUACUUAAACCUCAUGACCGUUUAAUGGGUCUUGACUUAUCGCAUGGUGGACAUUUGACCCAUGGAUUCAUGACUCCGACAAAAAGAGUGUCGGCCACUUCUGUUUACUUUGAAUCAAUGCCUUACAGACUCAAUCCGGAAACUGGGUUAAUAGAUUACGAUACGCUACAAGCUAAUGCUCUACUCUUCCGGCCAAAGCUAAUCAUUGCCGGGGCUUCCUCUUACCCAAGGUUGCUGGACUAUAAGAGAUUUAGAGAGAUCUGUGAUGAAAGUAGUAGCCUACUUCUAGCUGACAUGGCUCAUGUGUCCGGUUUAGUGGCGGCCCGUGUCAUUCCGAGUCCAUUUCAAUAUGCAGAUGUUGUUACAACGACCACUCAUAAAACGUUGCGGGGCGCAAGAUCUGGUAUGAUAUUUUUCCGUAAAGGAGUUAAGAGCAUCGAUAAAAAGACGGGCCAGCCUAUAAAAUAUGAUUUUGAGGAUAAAAUCAACAAUGCAAUUUUCCCAGCUUUGCAAGGAGGUCCCCACAACCAUGCUAUUGGUGCUGUAGCAGUUGCUUUGAAACAGGCAAAAACCGAGUAUUUUAGAGUAUACCAAACACAAGUUCUACUCAACUCCAAAGCUAUGGCGAAUGCACUCAUUGAAAAAGGAUAUAAAUUAGUGUCAGGAGGGACGGACAAUCAUUUGGUUCUAGUGGACUUGGCGAGCUCUAAGAAUGUGGACGGAGCUAGGACUGAGCACAUUUGCAACAAUGUCCAUAUCACUGUCAACAAGAACGCUUGUCCAGGGGACAAAUCAGCCAUGAUUCCCAGUGGAUUAAGACUGGGUGCAGCAGCUUUGACGUCCAGGCAGUUCAAGGAAGUCGAUUUCACGCGAGUUGUUGAGUUCUUAGAUGUCGCUGUUCAUAUUGCUCAAGACGCUAAGAAUAAAUCAGGAACAAAAUUGAAAGACUUUAAAGAGUUCGUGAAAGGUGAUGAUUCAGUGCAGAAACGAAUGAGUGAUUUGAAGACGUCUGUAGAACAAUUUUCAGCGACCUUCACGAUGCCAGGCUUCGAGGAUCACUGACCCUCACCAUCUUUAAGUGUGAAAUCUUUAUUUUCUUCGGUAUGAAAUGCUUUUCUAUUACGCUUUCAGCUGUUGUCAUGUUAGAACCUUGCUAAUCUGGCUAUUCGUUAAUACAUGUGAAGGAAGACUGGCUAGCCCCGUCUCCUAUUAGCGUAGUCUAAUCAUGCUAACAAGUUUUAAUGUUUUUUUUUCAAAUUCCGAUUAGUUGACUCUUUUAAAUGGUGAAAAUUAUAUACAUUACUGAUGAAGUAUUCUAUCAUUAUUACUUUUUUUCAAAUGAAUAGAUGUAAAUUUAACUGAUGUUUGAAUGCAAAUAAAAGGAUUAGCGAGGUUCUAAUUUAUAUAUUUUGGUAAGGUGGGGUCUUCCCGCAAGGGACUCCCCACCAACAUAAAGCUUUAAUUUUUUAAAAUUUAAUCGUACCAUAACACUGAAAAGAUACUGUGCCAUAUGCACAUCAAACGUUUAAACCACGUUUAGAGUAAACGCAGUUUAAACCUCCAUUCUGUACAUAAAUAAUUGAAAACUUAGUUUGAACGGUUUUAUUGAAUUAACGAACUGUUUUAUUGUUUUUUUCUGUUUUAACAGACUAGACUAACAAACACAAGUAGACAUAAAAGUUCUUUUGGUGACUGAUCAUAAAAUAGAAUCAAACAAUUUGAGUAAGACUCCAGUCUCAAACCUAGUUUAAUGUAGACAUAGAAUUUGAUCAAUUUCAUGAUAAAAGAUAAUAUAAAAUAGAAUAAUCAAAUAUAAAAAAUGAUAAGGCAUUUUUUAUAUUGAAUUAUCACUAAAUGAUUUAAUCAUUUACUCUAGUCAAAUCUUAAUUUUUUACCUUGGGAUCUAAAUCCCUAGUUUUUUCUAAAUUUUCAAUGUUUAUUUAUUUCGAUUUUAAUGGGAGUGCCUCAAUUCUACGAGAUUUCAAAUUGAAAUUACCUAAAAGGUUAUGUUCAAUUAGGCUUUAAAGGUAAAGGAAAGGUCAGAAAGGUACCGUAAGGUUUUGGCUUUUAAUAUUAUUUAUAAAUGGUUUUUUAUUUUUAUUGGUUUUUUUGGCUGUUUUAUUAUUUACAAUAUCUUAAUAUUAUUAUAAAUGUAUGGAUAUGGAUUUUAGAUAAGCACAAAUAACGAAAAGUUGAAAUACUUACACAUUUGAGGUAUCGCACAUAUGAAUGACACCCAUUUCAAAAAUGAUGUCAUCAUUUCAUUGACUUGAUUAUUUUUUCUCAACUUCCUUUGGAAGAAUCUUAGAAAAACUUUAAUUUUAACCUAGAUGAUUUUCAACGAAUAAGUUGAAUUUUAUAAGGAUUGUAUAUAUUCCUCUAUAUCCAUUAAAAAUAUAUAUGACGUUGUCAUGAACAGGACUUGCACCAAUAACGCUCGCACUUUAAACUUUGAAAACUCGCAUGAUAGUAUUCACUUCUGCCUUAUAAAGUGUAAAUAAAACUGAUUUUUUUUUAUUGAUGUA